AUGAAGCUUUUCCCUGUUUUUGCAGCGGCUGUUUCAGCACGAGGCGAAGUUAAGAAUGAUGACAGUUUUGAAAGAGUAGAUGCCCGAAUUAUCGGUGGCGAAAUUUCCAGUCUCGGCAAUUGGCCAUGGCAAGCGGCUAUGCUUCACGCAGCAUACGGUGAUCACAUCAUCUGUGGAGGUACCAUCGUAACGCAGAAGGUUAUCAUUGGAGCCGCUCAUUGCGUCGGCAAGUUUGAAGCCGAUGAGCUCAAAUUUACCGCCGGUCAUACAGAGGGCUUUCACGCCAAAACGCAAACUGCCUCUUACCAGUGGAGCACUGUGAGACGCGCAAUCGCUCAUCCUGGCUUCAACAGUCACUUCCACAACGACAUCGCGCUUUUCGAGCUAACAAGGCCGUUUGUCUGGACAGAAUACGUCCAACCUGCAUGUUUGCCAACACGCGAGUUUGUACCAUCGAUAUUUGGCCGCUGUGUAGUCAGUGGCUUUGGGAAGGGUUCCAACGAUGCGCUGAAUCACGCUGUCAUUCCAAUUUGGGAGAAGCAGUCUUGCAAGAAUAUCCUCGAGUCGCAAGGUGGAUGGGGCUGGACUGGGCUUCCACUCGACGAAUCUCAAAUCUGUGCUGGCUACCAACCCGGCGGAAUCGACGCUUGUCAGGGUGAUUCUGGUGGUCCGUUCGUCUGUGAAACAGAAAAAGGAUGGGCUGCGAUUGGUGCGGUUAGCUACGGAUACGGAUGUGCUCAAAAGAACAUGCCUGCUAUCUACGCCAACAUUCCGCUCUACUACGACUGGAUCCACGAAUUUAUCGCCGAAUCAACGUCAGAGGAGGGCAAAUAUGGUAUACCAUCAACUUGCGGAAAGACGUCGACUGAAGCGAGUUUCCCAGUUUUGAAACCAACGCUUUUUGACUUCGAGACUGGAGGCCCUGCUGAUGAAUCCGCUAGAGGUGAUGAUAAAGGUGAGUUGUACAAUUAUAUUAACAAGCUAUAA